AUGAGUGAUUUAUUGGAGGAAGAUUUGGAGUUUCGCGGUGGUACCUUGCAGCUUUCGACCGAUGCAGUAAUGCCGGAGAGUUCGGAAACUAAUCGAACCGUUACUGCCGACACUCCAGGUAGAAGGAAAGCUCCGGCUAAUGCUAAUCCCUCGGUGUUAUCUGGUGCUGAUUCCUUGACUUCUUCCACCUGUUCCUUUGCCGAUGCAAGAACGGAAGCACCAGCAAAUAACACAGAAGCCACUGCAACUGCACCUGCACCUGCACCCACAGAGUACCAAGUGUUCCCGCGAUAUGAUGUCCCAUUUAAUAAGGAGAAUAUCAAGGACUUUUUCACUUUCCGUAAGGGAGUGGUUGAGGCUGCUAUCCAGGAAUGCAUCACUGUUCUCCUGUUCCCUGAAGAUGGGGAGUAUUUGGGCUCUUGGUUGCUUACAGAGAUAACUCUGUGGGACAAUGAGAAGGAAAGAAUUGUGCUGUUGACUUCUAGGCUAGUGAUGACAAUAAAGUAUGACUUUAUUGCUAUGAAACAACUUGACUUUAAGAAGACUUACUUAGAUGAUUUGGAUACAAUUGUUCUUGGAGAACUGGUAUACCCACCAUCUUCUUUAGUACCAGAAAGACAUCUUCGUGGCGUGCGCUUAAUGUGGAACAAAGGGGAGCCGUUGCCACUCAAGACUGUUUGGAACCCGUUCAGCCAGGACGUGCCUUUCCUCACGUUCGCUUCCCAUCCUAUAUUUUGGCAUAAAGUUUCAGAUGGAACACCAGUAGAAGAGAAAUCCACGUACGACAUGGAGACGUUUGCCGAAAAACUUCAACGUGCUAUAGAAGCCAUGUCGUCAUCAGCCUGCUGCAUACAUCAUGCUCCCAUCGUCAUACAAAGCUAUGUAGGUGUGACAUCACUACUCCACAACAAAACCAGCAUGGGAUUCUUCAAGGUCAGAGGAAAGUUCAGCUUCUAA